AUGUUCACCCAACCGGUCGUCUCGCCGCCGGCUGUAGCGCCGCCACAGUCAUCGUCGACGUCAACUUCGCGGCCAAGCCGACUGCGAGGCCUCAGCUAUCUGCGCAACUAUACACAGAACCAUUUACUCUCGCGCGACAGUAGCCAUCACGGCGCAAACGGAAGCGGAACAGGAACAGGCUCUGGAACCGGCAGCCCAGGUGCAAGUGGGAGCACGUCCCCUAAUCGACACGGCUCUAGCCUCACGCGAUCCCUCAGCCAUUCGCCUACCACUACGAGUGGACCGCCCGCCGGAGCCCAGAACGCCAAUAAUACCAACCACUUGACCCUCGUCAGUUCGACCCCCGAUCCCGUGAGGAUUUUGACCACCACAACCUCGCUGCCUAUUACUGCUACUUCAACUUCAGGAGCGCCCACUUCUGCUCCCGCUCCCGCUUCCGCUUCCAUGCAGCAACCCGAGGCCCACGACCCCACCAACAACACCACCACUUCUGCAGAAUCCUCCUCACACGCAGACAUCGCGACAUCUUCUGCCCCCGAAUCCGCUCAAGACCAAGCCGCCAUGACGAGAUCCCGAGCUCCCACCGGCGCCGACACGGGCUCCGCGACCCCUGAGAAUGCUCCGUCAAUCCGAUUCUGUGCCUACUUCGAUCCUCGUUCCACCCGCCCGUCGCUCACCUUCCCCCCGAUUUCUAGGACUCUGCCUACGGGCUCAGAGAGAAUCCGUGUCGGCCGUUACUCAGAGCGUGACAGCCACUCCAUGUCCAACAUGCCCGGAAACCAGCCGUCGGCCGCCCCAGUUGGCUUUAAGAGCAAGGUCGUCAGCCGCCGCCACUGCGAGUUUUGGUACGAGGAUGGCAAAUGGUACAUCAAAGACGUCAAGAGUUCAUCAGGAACCUUUUUGAACCAUAUCCGCCUAAGCCCACCUUCCCAGGAGAGCAAGGCUUUCCCAGUUAAUGACGGCGAUAUUGUGCAGCUGGGAAUUGACUUUAAGGGUGGUGAGGAAAUGAUCUUCCGAUGCGUUAAGAUGCGGUUGGAGCUCAACCGAGGAUGGCAAAACAAGCUCAACUCUUUCAAUAUGGCGGCCCAUAAGCGGUUGCAAACAAUGGCUACGAGCGGCGGAGCGGCUGGUUCUAACUCUCAAGAUUGCUCCAUCUGCUUGAGUUCCAUUGCAUGUGUGAGAUCACUUCUUACAUCACCACAAUAUCCGAUCUUCCUCUGUCCCAACUGUCGUGCCGGUGCCGAUCUGGAAGCGGACGUGGACGAACUGGCUGAAGAGUGGGAGCAGAUGAAGGAGGAGGCGGAAGCGGAAGCGGCUACACCAGCCAAGGCGGACACAGAGUCCGAGACAGAACAGGCACCCCCUGUUGCUACUCCCGGAAGGUCGACACCAGAACGGUCCAACACGUGUGACAGCGACCCGAUGGACGUUACUGUUAGCAUAACCCCUGAGACACCUCAGCGACACGAAGUUUCUCAUACCGUUUCCGAACCCCUACCCAUCAGGAAUGCAGCGUCGGGUGCGGGUCGCUCUGGACAGAUACGGGAUAGCCGAACACCAUCACCGCCUGGCAUGACCAACGGCGCCGAGGGCCCGAUUACGCCAAGAAACAAUGUUGGACCCUGGGUAUUUGACGGUAGUGCCGGCCGGGCUGCACCAACAUCAGCCGAAAUGACAAGUAUAGACGCGGCUGCAGAAGUGGACUUGAGCGCAGAUGACAAAGACUCAAGUUCACGAUGA